ACGAAGAUGACCAAACUUAGAUAUGUUCUGCUGGCAAUGAUUCUCCUCGAUAUUGUUUCCUCGACAAGUCUUCACCAUAUAUCGAAGCGCACGUACGGCUAUGGCGGCAGGAUGCGUGGCGGAUACCGUGGUGGCUACGGCGGGUUCGGAGGCUACAGGGGAGUCGGCUCCUACGGCGGCUACCGCAGUGGUGGUUACAGGGGCAUGGGAGGAGGUGGCUACGGUGGUGCAGGACUGAACGCGCUGACCACAGCCCUUUAUGGCAGGGUACUGGAUGGCAUGUACGGUGGUGGCUUCGGCGGAGUUCAAUACGUCUAUGUUCCAGUCUACGUUCCCGUUGACGACGGCACAGUGGUCAUCGUGGAGGAGGGUGGCGGCUACGACUUCGGCAAUGCUGGUUCGGGUACCAUUGACACGGGAGGCGAGGGAUUUGGCUUCGGUGGCACAGGGAACGAAGAGGCGUUGAUGUACCUGAAUAGCGGUGACAAAGCGGCCACUCGCGUUAAGCCGGCGAGCAAACCUCUCCGCGUGAGCAUGGGCCGGGAGCGUGUCGUACAGAGGUCUACGGAGCUGGGUCUCGGUAGGACGUACGCAUUGACACCGCCCAGGAGGAGCCAGCUGCGCAGCCAGCAGGGCUAGAGGGCCCACGCCCGCGCAAGUCCUCCACUUUCACCUUAGGACAAACAUCCAUAUGCGAAUCGAGAAACUACGUUGCAUGGCUAGAGAAGAAAGUUAUGCACGUGAUCGUAAUGUGUACCAACGUCGUGUCAACAAAAACUUCGUUUUAGGACAUCACGAUAGAUCACUAUAGACGAGACCUGACGAGAUCUCAGAGUGAAUAUUUUGAUUCUAGUGCGCUUGAGUAGGUCCAUACGGUAACACAGGAGAAGCCGUUGCCAGGCAACCUUGAUACGUUUUAUCUCUAAAAUAAAUCUCUGUUGCAGCAUAAUUUUACGAACAUUUUAUAGCCGUUAUUUAGUCCUUUCAGCAGAACACAAGAACGUGCAUUGUGAUUCACAGAGUCGCAGUAUAUAGGUAAGAACGUUUUGUUAGCGCGGACGCCUACCAAUAGUGACAGCAGGAGAUGUCAAGGCAACGGCCGAUGGUAGAGUGGUGCAUUACUGGACAAUGUCUCUAAGCUGUAAAAUAUAUUACGCAAGUAGGCUCUCGGCAUGUUAAUUGGUUGAAUGCUAAUUGGUUGAAUGUUAAUUGGUUGAAUUAUUGGUUGAAUUAUGUGCUUGGGAGCGGAAUGCAGGUGUGGAGCUAUCGAUAUAAGAAGGUUGUUCUGAGUAAACUCGUUCAGCAUUAUUGCAGGUUUACACUCAGUUUGGCUAUGAAAGAAAAAAACAAUUAGGGCAAUAACAUAUGAAAUAGUAAAGCAAUUAGUGAAUAUAGCGUUCUUUUUUUUUAAGUGCCACGUUAGUAUGUUUGACUCCGCUUCUUCCUUACUUAUAUCAUUUUUUUUACCGAAAAAUAUAGCUCAUUGCUAAUCUGCAUGGUAUGCUUUGAUCUUCACUCUUUCUAAUGUGAUCGAACACUUCAUUAUGACACUGAAAUCUUCAUCUUCGUAAAAUAUUUCCUGCGUUAAUGCUGUAUUCCGUUGCAGCGAAUGCUAGAAUAAGUG